AUGAGUGAAAGCGGUCAAGGGGAGCGAGGGUCACCAACGACCUAUAGCAGAUAUUGUUCCAGUUCGCCACGGAUCUUCAAGAUCCACGAGGCCCUUCUUCGGUCCAAAGGUGGAAGAAUCUACGCAGGUUUCUUGGGCAAGUUUGAAGAAAAGACCGAGGGAACAUACAGAUUCAAAGAGACGACUGAGGGAACCUUGCUGAGGUAUAUUGAGUGGGUUUACCGUGACGACUAUCCUGAUGUGUUGAAUUCGUUGAAUUCUGAGGAAGCCACUGCGAACAGAGCUGCGGAUCUGCCUCCCGCUGACAAGGAGGGGACGACCGACGCAAACCACCCCCUUCUGUGUCAUAUUAGAAUGUAUAUCUUCGCCGACACCUAUCUGAUCGAGGAGCUGAAGUCUUUGUCAUUCGGGAAGAUCACUCGGUAUCUUGAAAAUGAGAAAAGGCCUGCUGACAUUGACUCCCAGCUAGCAGUCAUUCAUAUGCUUGAUUUGGCGUUCUUGAAUUUGCCUCCCAGUGACAAUCUGCUGCAUUGGCUUGGAAUAUACACAGCUUGGUGUCUCGAAUGCCUCCGGAUACAACCAUAUUUUCAUGAUAUCGCUGGCAAACUAGCGCCAUAUAUUAUACGAUAUGUGAAACCAUCGUCUUCCGCUCCAUGGGACCCGAGCCUACACGCAAGCAACUUUCCAAGUUAUGAGCCAGGGCGGGCACACCCGUAUGAAGAGAGGUGGUACGCAGAUGACAAGGAGGUGGAGACUGCGGAUAGCUAUUAG